AUCAUUGGCUGUUUUAUUAGAUUGAGGGCCCAAAUAACCUGCAAGAAGCCCAUUUAUCUACCUCUCUUGGAAAUGGAUGGACUCAUGGGCUGUGGCGCCCUCAAUGGAAAUAAGAAGAAAGAAGAAGUGCUUAUGAAUUUGCUCUGUGGUUUUAGCUUUCUUUCUCUCUAUCCAUCCAUCGACAGCUCUGUAACUGGGCAUGGUAUUUCCUUCAAAAUGAGGAAUUCUCAUUUCUUGUAGAGUUUUCCCAUGGUAUCAGUUAUGAUCGAUUGUGGGUUGGACCUCUGAUUCCUAGUCCAUCCUUAUUCUUGAUUGUUUUAUGACCUUAUGUGAGUUGGUGUCCUUUCUACACGGUCUUGACAUUUGUUUUGCAAGAUUUGAUUCUUUCCAUGGCCAUUUAUGACUAUUCUAAAUGUGGGUUAUUGCGGACAAGGCCGCUUUAAAGCUGUUUAAGUAUGGAUCUUUCCUUUGGCAACCUUUUUUCCGAUUUAUGCUUUCUCUGGUUUCUUUUCAUAAAUGGCUUUUAUUAGGAUUGUCGUUUACAUUAAUUGGUGUGAACCACUAGGACCUAGUUCUUUGCCCUGAAAGGGCUAUAAAAUGGGUUAAGAAACAAUGCCUUCUUCCCCAUCACAAGGUUUCCUUUAGCUAGCUAGUUUCGACCUCUUCUUGAAAGGAGCUGAAUCGUGCAUUCCUUUCUCAGUUUCUACUAUGAAUUUCCUUUUGGCUAGAGAAGGUGCAGAGAAGCAUGCAGGCACUAAAUCAUGCUUCUAUUGCAACAAAGUGUUCAACAACUAUCGAGCUCUAGGUGGCCACCUUAGGAUUCAUCAGGAGGAUAAGACAUCGAGGACCUUGAAUUAUCCUGGUCGUUCCAGUAAUUCCAUGGACAUUACUAGGAACCCUCCUGUACUCCUACCAAACAGCCAACAGAACUCCUCGGGAGGGGGGAACAACCCGACUCCAUUCUCUAGAGCACCACCUCCAUUUGACUUCUCUAGGAUGUUCUACUCAAAUGAAAUAAACCAGGCAAGUAGGAGCAAAUACACUGGCAGCAAUCCUGGAGUUUCCCAAACUCAGUUUAUCAUGUCUUCAGACUUAUCAUAUGGCUGUGGUAGUGGUUCAACUCAUCACAGUCUAGCUUCAAGAGCAUUUGCUUCAGCUGGUGCCAAUGCAGUCAUGUCUCCUGCUGCAUUUGCUUCAUCUGGUAGUGUUGUAGCCACUGGCUUUCCUACAGAUUCUUCAUCAUAUUUGGGCACAAAUGGAGGCUGUCAGUUUAAUACUGAUGAAUUUCGGAUUAGCCGGGAUGGUUUGCCACCAUCCUCUGGAGAUGCCUUGCUGAACGUUCAAGGUUAUAAUCUUAGUCCUCAUCCAUGCUCAAGCGUGGAUAAAGUUGGUCAAUAUGACAGGAGAAGUUUGUUGACGUGUGAAGAAGGUAAGAGGCCAUACUUAGCAGAUGGAUCAGGUGGUGCCGACGUAAUGAAUGGAUCGAAAAAACCUAGGAUUGCCCCCACUGAACAUGUGGAACCCAAGAAUCCUCAGAAAAAAGAGCUAUCACUCUUCAUGGAUGUUGAUGAUUCAAUUUCUGCAUCGGAAACUUGUGGUGCUGAGGAGGAAGGUCCAGUAGAUGUAGAUUUGUCUCUGCAUCUUUAGACUUGUGUGUUUCUCUUUACAAUAAAUAAAUAGUAAUGAAGGAAUAAAGGAAUGGUCACUCUUGCCCUCCCCUCCCUCCCCUCUAAAAGGAAGAUGUUGUUUCUAUGUACUGCUGAACUAUGUACAAGUUGCAGUUUGGUUAAAUUUUAUAAAGUAAUUUAUUAGGAAA